CGUGAUCUAGGGCAAUUUCAGUAGCUUAGUCUCAGAUCUGCAAGACUAAGAUUCACGAUUAGAAGAAGUAUUAUAUUUAACCAAGUGGCAGAGUUUUAUAAAAUGAGUUCAUCAUUAACAUUGUAUUUUCAUACUCCAAAGAUUCGUUUUCUUCCUUUAUUACUGGCCAAGCGCAGUUAUUCAAAGAAAAUAGAAGCCGCUGGUGGCAUUGCCUCUCUUGGCAAGAAGAAGAAGCUGUCAAAAUUGGGGCCAGUGAUGGAAAAGAGAAUUGUUCCUGUAGAAACAGAUGCACACAAACUCGUUAAUUAUGUGUGUGGCAGUAAUCCUUUAAAGGGAGGAGAAGAUAUGAAACUUAAGGCUGAUGAUGAAUACCCUGAUUGGCUGUGGACAUUACGAACAGGAAAGGCACCUUCACUAGAAGAGCUUGAUCCAGACACAAAAGAGUACUGGAGAAAGUGUCCGGACUGGCUGUGGGGACCAGUGGAUACUCAAGGGCUGUAUCCCUUGGUAGUAAAGUGGCAGGGGCAUGAAGCUGACCAUUCACCUACAUCUAGUGCCAAGGUUGAGAAUGGUGGAGCUAUAACUCCACUCCCGUACAUGGCUUCAUGGCAUAGUGCUUAAUUACAUAAUUUAAGGAUAAAUUUACCUUUACUUCACCACCUGCUUUGUCAUUUGUAACCUAUGCAGUUUGCACAUGCAUUAUGUUUCAUACAGUUUUCUGAAUAAACAGUGAAUGUUUUCUUAAACAGCA